AUGACAACACCUCGGGUUCCCCUGUUGUUGCUGCUGUGGAUAGGGCUGCCUCACCUUUGCUCUACAGAAAUGUUCUUCAGAAGGGUCUCUGAACACCAGGCAAAAGUCUUAAUGGCCCAUUCGCCGGCGAGCGAUGGAAAAGUGCUGCACCGUCAAAAGCGAGGCUGGAUGUGGAACCAGUUCUUUUUGCUGGAAGAAUAUACCGGAUCCGAUUAUCAGUAUGUGGGCAAGCUCCACUCAGACCAGGACAAAGGAGAUGGGUCUCUCAAAUACAUUCUGUCAGGAGAUGGAGCUGGGACACUCUUCAUUAUUGACGAGAAGACCGGAGAUAUACACGCCACCAGAAGAAUCGACAGGGAAGAGAAAGCAUUCUACACACUGCGAGCUCAAGCUAUCAACAGGAGGACACUGAGGCCUGUGGAGCCCGAGUCAGAAUUUGUCAUCAAAAUCCAUGAUAUCAACGACAACGAACCUACAUUCCCUGAAGAAAUCUAUGCCGCUAGUGUUCCCGAAAUGUCAGUUGUUGGUACUUCCGUGGUGCAAGUCACAGCUACAGACGCUGACGACCCUUCCUACGGGAACAGUGCCAGAAUCAUUUACAGCAUCCUGCAAGGACAGCCGUACUUCUCUGUGGAGCCGGAAACAGGCAUCAUCAGGACUGCUUUGCCAAACAUGAACAGAGAAAACAGGGAACAGUACCAAGUGGUCAUCCAGGCCAAAGACAUGGGUGGCCAGAUGGGUGGAUUAUCGGGAACCACUACGGUGAACAUCACGCUGACUGACGUCAAUGACAACCCACCUCGCUUCCCCCAGAAUACCGUACACCUUCGGGUGCCCGAAUCUUCCUCCGUGGGCACUGCCGUCGGCAGCGUCAAAGCCACCGACGCUGACACGGGCAAAAAUGCCGAGGUCCAGUACAGGAUCGUUGACGGGGAUGGAACUGAUAUGUUUGACAUUAUGACCCAGAAGGAAACCCAGGAAGGCAUCCUGACGGUCAGAAAGCCCCUAGAUUACGAGAGCAGACGGCUUUACACUCUAAAAAUUGAGGCAGAAAACACGCAUGUGGAUCCCAGGUUUUAUUACCUUGGACCUUUCAAGGACACUACUAUUGUAAAAAUAUCCAUAGAAGAUGUGGAUGAGCCCCCUGUUUUCAGCAGAUCUUCCUAUCUGUUUGAGGUUCAUGAAGACAUUGAAGUGGGCACCAUAAUCGGAACUGUGAUGGCGAGAGAUCCCGAUUCUGCAUCCAGCCCCAUAAGGUUUUCUUUGGACCGCCACACAGACCUGGACAGAAUCUUUAAUAUACACGCUGGGAACGGCUCCAUUUACACAUCCAAAUCCCUCGACCGUGAGCUUUCCCAGUGGCACAAUCUUAGUGUUAUAGCAGCUGAGAUAAAUAACCCCAAGGAAACCACGCGGGUAUCAGUUUUUGUAAGGAUUCUGGAUGUCAAUGACAAUGCACCACAAUUUGCUGUUUUCUAUGACACCUUCGUGUGUGAAAAUGCAAGACCUGGACAGCUGAUACAGACUAUAAGUGCAGUUGACAAAGAUGAUCCAUUAGGUGGACAAAAGUUUUUCUUCAGCUUAGCGGCUGUCAACCCAAACUUCACGGUCCAAGACAACGAAGAUAACACGGCCCGAAUUCUAACGAGAAAAAAUGGGUUCAGUCGACAUGAAAUAAGCUCCUAUCUGCUGCCGGUGGUGAUUUCGGACAACGACUAUCCUAUCCAGAGCAGCACCGGCACUUUGACAAUCCGGGUGUGUGCCUGCGACAACCAAGGGAACAUGCAGUCGUGCAGCGCAGAGGCUCUGCUCCUUCCUGCUGGUCUCAGCACCGGAGCUCUGAUUGCUAUUCUUCUCUGCAUUAUUAUACUGCUCGUUAUAGUAGUACUGUUUGCAGCUCUGAAAAGGCAGCGGAAGAAAGAGCCUCUGAUCCUGUCCAAAGAGGACAUCAGAGACAACAUCGUGAGUUAUAACGAUGAGGGCGGGGGAGAGGAAGACACCCAGGCCUUUGAUAUCGGCACGCUGAGGAAUCCCGCCGCCAUCGAGGACAAGAAGCUCCGGCGAGACAUUAUCCCCGAAACCUUGUUUAUACCGCGGAGGACUCCUUCGGCUCCCGAUAACACAGAUGUCCGAGAUUUCAUUAACGAAAGGCUGAAGGAGCAUGACGUCGACCCGACCGCUCCCCCCUACGACUCUCUGGCCACCUACGCCUACGAGGGCAACGACUCCAUUGCCGAAUCUUUGAGCUCGCUGGGCUCGGGCACCACCGAAGGAGACCAAAACUAUGAUUUCCUCAGAGAAUGGGGCCCUCGGUUCAAUAAGCUUGCCGAAAUGUACGGAGGCGGGGAGAGCGACAAGGACUCCUAGCCUACGAUACAGUUUGUGUUUAUCCAAGAACAAGUCACCACUCAGAUACCACCUCCACUUGACGUUUUUUUGACACUGGGGAGAAUUUUCCUGCCACUCUGCACAAUUUGUUCUGUCUUUUCCUCUUUUAAUUUGUUCAUUAAUUUCAUUAAUUCUUUCUUGUAGGAUAUCACAUGGAGUAUAUAUGACAUCUUAUUCAAUCCCUUCCAAGAGCCAAAGCUAUGGAAAUUCAGUGUUGUCCAUUUUAAUAGAUAAAUGCUCCUUUCAGAAACUGGAACAGGAUAUCUUUCCCUUAAGCAACCUCAUGUAUAAGCCGCUUCUGUUAGGUCCAUGUCCUGCCCUUGCAAGUGCAGCUUUUUAAGAAGGUGAAGAAUUUAAAAAAUAAAAGUAUAUCCUGUUCUGUACAUUACAAUUCCAAAAAUGUACACGUGAUGUUAGUAAGUGUGAUAUGCAGCUGGUAUACAAAAGUUUGUGCAACUUCAUUUCAUCAAAUUCUAUCUGCUAAUGUUUUAUAUUUAUAUUUUUGUAUUUAUUUUUAAGAAAUAAAACCAGUUUUUACAACUAAA